AUUUGUGAGAAAACACAAGGGUUUGUUUGUUUUAACUAUUUUUCACAUACAGUAUUUGGCUGACGCUCUUUACCUUUAAAAACCCCAUUUGCUCCCUUCCCAUCCCACUUGUGAUACUCCUCCUCACCGGAUUAUACCACAUUCCUCUCCUCACGUCCGACCGAGUUGACUCGCGCUAAUAUGGCGGAGACCGAUCGUUCCCGCGCUUUCACCAAGAACGUUAAGCGUAUCGUCGUCAAGGUUGGGACUGCAGUUGUUACUGGGAAAGAUGGAAGAUUGGCUCUUGGCCGCUUAGGAGCUAUCUGCGAGCAGCUAGCGGAAUUAAACUCGGACGGAUUUGAGGUCAUUUUGGUGUCAUCUGGUGCGGUUGGUCUUGGUCGUCAAAGGCUUCGUUACAGACAAUUAGUCAACAGCAGCUUUGCAGACCUUCAGAAGCCACAGAAUGAACUUGAUGGGAAGGCUUGUGCUGCUGUUGGACAGAGCAGCCUCAUGGCUUACUAUGAGACUAUGUUCGACCAGUUGGAUGUGACGGUGGCUCAAAUGCUGGUGACUGAUAAGGAUUUUAGAGAUAAGGAUUUCAGAAAGCAACUUAGUGAAACGGUUAAAGCCAUGAUGAAGAUGAGGGUUAUUCCAGUUUUCAACGAGAAUGAUGCUAUAAGCACUCGAAAAGCCCCUUACAAGGAUUCUACUGGUAUAUUUUGGGAUAAUGACAGCUUAGCUGCUCUACUGUCACUGGAGCUGAAAGCUGAUCUUUUGGUUCUUCUAAGUGAUGUUGAGGGUCUCUAUACUGGCCCUCCAAGCGAUCCUAAUUCAACGUUGAUCCACACAUACAUUAAAGAAAAGCACCAGGAAGAGAUCACCUUCGGGGAAAAGUCCAAAUUAGGACGAGGGGGUAUGACUGCAAAAGUUAAAGCUGCUGUUAGUGCUGCUUAUGGUGGCAUUCCUGUUAUCAUUACCAGUGGCUUUGCAGCUGAUAAUAUAGCUAAAGUCCUUAAUGGACUGCGCGUUGGUACUCUAUUCCACCAAGAUGCUCAUUUGUGGGCUCCGGUUGUAGAUACUACUUCCCGUGACAUGGCAGUUGCUGCAAGGGAGAGUUCAAGAAAGCUUCAGGCCUUGUCGUCAGAAGAGAGGAAAAACAUUCUACUCGAUAUUGCUAACGCCCUUGAAGCAAAUGAGAAAAUAAUUAAAGCUGAGAAUGAUUUAGAUGUUGCUGUAGCACAACAAGCUGGAUAUGAGGAGUCCUUGGUAGCUCGCUUAGUUAUGAAGCCUGGGAAGAUCUCAAGCCUUGCAGCUUCUAUUCGCCAGCUAGCUGAAAUGGAAGAUCCAAUCGGCCGUGUUUUAGCAAAAACCGAGAUUGCAGAUGGUCUUGUUUUAGAGAAGACAUCAUCACCACUAGGUGUUCUUCUGAUUGUUUUUGAGUCUCGUCCUGAUGCACUUGUUCAGAUAGCUUCACUUGCUAUCCGGAGUGGAAAUGGUCUUCUGCUGAAGGGUGGAAAAGAAGCUCGUCGAUCAAAUGCUAUCUUACAUAAGGUGAUCACUGAUGCAAUUCCAAAGACUGUUGGAGGUAAACUCAUAGGACUUGUGACUUCGAGAGAUGAGAUUCCUGAUUUGCUCAAGCUUGAUGAUGUUAUUGAUCUUGUGAUCCCAAGAGGCAGCAACAAGCUUGUUUCUCAGAUAAAAAACUCAACUAAAAUCCCAGUGCUAGGGCACGCUGAUGGUAUAUGUCAUGUAUAUGUCGACAAAUCUUGUAAUCUGGACAUGGCAAAGCGUGUAGUUUCAGAUGCAAAGUUAGAUUAUCCAGCAGCCUGUAACGCAAUGGAAACUCUUCUUGUACAUAAGGAUCUAGAGAAUAAUGGUGUGCUCAACGAGCUUAUACAUGCUCUGCAAGCCAGUGGUGUCACUUUGUAUGGUGGUCCAAGAGCAAGUGGUAAACUGAACAUUCCGGAAACACAAUCAUUUCAUCACGAGUACAGUGCCAAGGCAUGCACUGUUGAAAUUGUAGAAGACGUACAUGGUGCUAUAGAUCAUAUCCACAAUCAUGGGAGUGCACACACUGAUUGCAUAGUGACAGAAGAUAGUGAAGUCGCAGACAUAUUCCUCCGCCAAGUGGACAGUGCGGCUGUUUUCCACAAUGCAAGCACAAGAUUCUGUGAUGGUUUUAGAUUUGGACUUGGUGCUGAGGUGGGGAUAAGCACAAGCAGAAUACACGCCCGUGGUCCAGUUGGAGUAGAAGGAUUAUUGACAACCAGAUGGAUAAUGAGAGGAGAAGGACAAGUUGUGGAUGGAGACAAAGGAGUUGCUUACACACAUAAGGACCUCCCUGUCUUGAAAAGGACAUAGGCAGUGGAGAACGGGUUCUAAAGGACAGAGGCAGUGGAGAACGGAUUCUAAAGGACAGAGGCAGUGGAGAACGGGCUCUAGCUCUGCUAAUGUCAUAUUAUUACACAGAAGUUCUUUUGUUUGAUUAGGAUUUAGUGUUUCUUGUGGAGUUGCACCAAAAUAAGAUCCAUCUACCUUGAUGUUCUUUGAUAAUAGCAAAAUGUUUAUUAGCUAUUCUUCAUGUCAAAAAAGUUAUAAGUCAAUGUAACUUUCUGUCUUUUUUUUUUUAUCA